AUGACAGCGCAACAGUCUUCCGCUGGAACCGCCACUCCCCCAGAUCCUUCCGCCAUUCCCUCAGAUCCUUCCGCCAAUCCAGCAGCGCCUUCCGCCACUCCUCCUGAUCCUUCCGCCUCUUCCCCAGCGGCUUCCGCCACUCCCCCAGAUGCUUCCGCCACUCCGUCAGCGCCUUCCGCCACUCCCCCAGAUGCUUCCGCCACUCCGUCAGCGCCUUCCGCCACUCCCCCAGCACCUUCCGCGACUCCUCCAGAUCCUUCCGCCACUCCCUCAGAUCCUUCCGCCACUCCCCCAGCGCCUUCCGCCAGUCCCCGAGCGCCGUCUGCUAGUCCUCCAGCGCCUGCUGCGCCGCCGUUGGCGGAGGCAGAGGGAGGAGGGCAGGGUCAGGAUGAGGGGCAGAGUCAGGGGCGAGGGGAGGCGGAGCGGGGCGGAGAGGAGGGGGGAGGAGGAAAAGAGACGCAAUCGGGUGGGGGUCAGGGGCAGGGGCAGAGCGGGGGAGGGGAGACGGCGGAGAGCUGGUACAAGAUAAAGCGCGUGGCGUUCCUGGGGCGGCAGCAGGUGCCCAUCGUCAUGCAAAACGACAACGGGCCCUGCCCCCUGCUUGGCAUUGCCAUCACCCACCCUCCCUCCUUUUACAACAUUCCCCCUUGCACUCACCUCAUCCCUCCUCUGUUCAUUCCCCCUUCCAUCCCCAAUGUGUUGCUGCUCCGCAACGCCAUCUCCCUCCGCCCCAGCGCCACCGAGAUCUCCCAAUCAGACCUGCUGUCUCUGGUGGCACACCGACUGCUGGACAGCAACACAGGCAUGGAGGUAUGUGCGUGGAAGGGGGAGGUUCUGGGUGAGAGUGUGGGGGAGAGCGUAGGGGAGAGUGUGGGUGAGUGGGGCCGUUCAGCAGAGUACAUAAGCAACAGGCAGCAGAACGUGGCAGACUGCAUGGCUCUGCUGCCGCGCCUCGCCACGGGGAUUGACGUCAACGUGCGCUUCACAGGUGCGGUGCAGUGCGGUGCACAGGGCCGCUCUCCCGGGUAUGGGACCAACCGCCAGCAGAACGUGGCAGACUGCAUGGCUCUGCUGCCCCGCCUCGCCACGGGGAUUGAUGUCAACGUGCGCUUCACAGGCAUCCACGCGUUUGAGUUCAAGCCAGAAACAGCCAUCUUUGACCUGCUGGACAUCAGCCUUCCCCUUCCUUCUCUCUCCUUGCGUUCCCCCAUUCCCGUCCAUCCCCAUCCUAUCCCCAUCCACGCGUUUGAGUUCACACCAGAGACGGCCAUCUUUGACCUGCUGGACAUCAGCCUCGUGCAUGGCUGGCUGGUGGACUCGCAGGUAUGCGACAGCAGCAGCGGUGGGCUCUCUUUCCUACAGCUGCAUCAAGGAGCGCCUAGUCACCCUGCAGGCCUCCCAAGUGGUGAAACCCCUCUCAACCCCUCUAAAACCCCUGACCUACAGGACUCGGCAACAGCAGCAGCAGUGGGCUCCCUCUCCUACAACAGCAUCGUGGAGCGCUUAGUCGCUCUGCAGACCUCAGAUGGCGUUAAAACCCCUCUCAACCCCUCUAAACCCUACACCCAGGACUCGGCCACAGCAGCAGCGGUGGGCUCCCUCUCAUACAACAGCAUCGACUCGGCCACAGCAGCGGCUGUGGGCUCCCUCUCAUACAACAGCAUCGUGGAGCGCCUCGACUCGGCCACAGCAGCAGCAGUGGGCUCCCUCUCCUACAACAGCAUCGUGGAGCGCCUAGUCGCCCUGCAGGCCUCCCACCCCGACCUUGCUGCUGCUCUGCUGGGCGGGGGAGGGGGAGGGGGAGGAGGGGGAGGGGGAGGGGGAAGCGGGGAAGGGGGAGUUGGGGGAGUAGCUUCCGAGCCUGUUCCUGCAUCCGAGCCUGCAUCGGUUUCCGAGCCUCGUACAUCCUCCGAGCCUCUUUCUGCCUCGGCUGCCCGAGCCUGUGCUGCUGCAGAAGAAACAAGCGGGGCGGAGUGUGAGAGGGAUACAGAGGGAGAAAGUGUAGAGAGAAGACAGAAGGGUGGUGAGGGGUUGGAGGGGGUAGAGAGUGGUGCAGAGUCGAGGCAGGGGGGUGAGGCUGCUUCUGCUCCAGAAAGGCCUGCUGAAGAGAAGGUUAGAAGCGACGAGGAGCAAGUGAGGAGGGAAGAGGAGGGCAUAGGGGAGGACGAGGAAGGGGGGGGGGAAGAUGACGGGAAGGAAGACCAGAAGGAAGGGGAGGAACGCAGGUGUGAGGAUGGAGUGGGGAGGAGUGAAGCGGGAGCUGCACUGGCAGUAGGAAGGGGGGAGCAGGCAGGGGGAGGGGAGAUGCGGGAUGAUGUGCGGGAAGCUCUGCUGCUCUUCACGUUUCUCAACGACACAGCCAGCCAGCUCACUUACCACGGCCUCUUCAGCCUACAGGAGGGAGUGAAGGAGAAUCAGCUCUGCGUAUUCUUCCGCAAUAAUCAUUUCAGCACUCUCUUUAAGUGUACCAACCACAUCUACCUGCUGGUGACGGAUCAGGGCCAUCUCAACCAACCCGGCGUCAUGUGGGAGAGGUGGGAUGAGACAACUCACUCCCUUCCUACCUUCAAUCCCCGCCUUCUCCCUGCCAUGACCCCCAGAGCACCAACCACAUCUAACCCGGCAUCGUGUGGGGGAGGCUGGGGCAGGUGGAGGGGGAAAAAUCACUCCCUUGCCUCCCUUGCCCCACUUCCUUCCGUGACCCGUCCCUCCCUCUCCCCACCCACAGCGUACCAACCACAUCUACCUGCCGGUCACCGAUCAGGUCUAUCUGAACCAGCCGGCCAUUGUGUGGGAGAGGCUGGGGCAGGUGGAGGGAGACAACUCACUCUCCCUUCCCCACCCUGCCACCCUUGUUACCCCCAGCGCACCAGCCACAUCUACCUGCUGGUGACGGAUCAGGGCUAUCUGAACCAACCGGGCGUUGUGUGGGAGAGGCUGGGGCAGGUGGAGGGAGACAACUCACUCUCCCUUCCCCACCCUGCCACCCUUGUUACCCCCAGCGCACCAGCCACAUCUACCUGCUGCCACAUCUACCUGCUGGUGACGGAUCAGGGCUACCUCAACCAGCCGGGCGUGGUGUGGGAGAGGCUGGGGCAGGUGGAGGGAGACACCACGCUCUGUGAGGGGGACUUCACUCCCUUUGCUCCUCCGCCGUCUCUGGCCCUGGCUCAUGGGGGGGAGGGGGCUGCUGCACAGUGGACACACGAGGACGAUGCUGCAAUUGCCGCUGCUGCCGCUGCUGUGGAGGGAGACACCACACUCUGUGAGGGGGACUUCACUCCCUUUGCUCCUCCACCGUCGCUGGCCCUGAGUCAUGACGGCGCUGCUGCUGCACAGUGGACGCAUGAGGACGAUGCUGCCAUUGCCGCCGCUGCCGCUGCUGUGAGUGACACAUGCAUGCAGGCAUGCUAUAAAAGGGCAGGGAAGGAUUGGAGCUCGUGCAACCCAUGCAAGCCACCCAACGCCCUGACUGACACACUAGCCCAUGGGGGCAUGGAAGGGUUGGAGCUCGUGCCAGGCAUGGACGCAUACCAAUCGCCAACUGGCUCUGAUGUCACAGCAGCAGGAGGUGGAGGCAGCAGAGAGGCAGCAGGCAGGGGGGAGAGGAUGUGUGAAGAAUGCUCCUUGUCUCAUCCCCUUAUGCCCUCUUCCCCUUCUCCUGCUACUUCUCUUUCCGACCUUCAACUCGCCCUGAUGCUGCAGCAGCAGGAGGUGGAAGCAGCAGAGAGGCAGCAGGCAGGGGGGAGGGGGAGGGGCGGAGGCAGGGGGGGAAGAUCAGGGGGAGUACAGCAGGUGCGCAGUGAAGGGGGAAGCGGGGGAGGGGCGUGGGGGCGGGAAGGAGCAGUGGGAGGGGCAGCAGGGCCUAUAGAUUCCUCCCCCUUGCUUCCCUUCCCAUGCAUCUCCCCUGGUUCAUUUAUCACACCCUACUGCCCCCCCUCCCUGCCUCCCUCCCUCUCUACCUCCCUCUCUCCUCCUUCCCUUACUCUCCCCUGGUCCCCUCCUUUUCUUCAACCCCCCAACCUUCACCAAGCAGGGGAGCACCCAACCAAGAUCCCCCUCGCGCCGCACCACACCGCAUCACGCCACUUCCUCCCCGCCAACCCCUCAGGGCAGGGGGCAGCGCAGGGGUGGGUCAACGCAGAGUGA